GACUUUGCUGACACAAUGAAUGCCUCUGAUCCAGUUACGUUGGUUCUAUCCAUCUUUAUCUGUGUAUUUUUGGCCAUUGUCUUUUUUGGACGGAAAAGAACCCCCAACUUUCCUUCUGGACCCACACCCUUACCGCUCAUUGGAAAUAUGCACAUACUGGACAUGAAGAAGCCAUAUAAAUCAUUUCAUGAGCUCGCUAAGAAGUAUGGUCCAGUCUACAGUAUCCAGAUAGGAGAGGAAAAAAUGGUGAUCCUUUGUGGAUAUGAGACGGUAAAAGAUGCUUUGGUAAAUCACGCGGAUGAGUUUUCCGGAAGGCCGAUAAUACCACUCUUCCAUGACCUCUCUAAAGGACACGGAGUGAUUUUUGCCCACAAUGAAAACUGGAAAGUGAUGAGAAGAUUUACUCUUUCAACACUACGAGAUUUCGGGAUGGGGAAGAAAACGAUCGAAGACAGGAUUCUGGAAGAAUGUGACUGUUUGGUGAAAAAGAUCAAAUCAUUCAAAGGAGAACCUUUUGAUAACAGAAUGAUCAUAAAUGCUGCAGUAGGCAACAUAAUCGUUUCCAUAUUGCUGAGCCAUCGAUUUGAUUAUGAAGAUCCGACAAUGCUGAAGCUUUUGAAAAUAGUUAACGAGAAUACCGAAAUCCUUGGCAGCCCAACAGCAAUGCUGUAUAAUGCAUUUCCAUCGCUGAUCCGCUGGUUGCCUGGAACACACAAAACAGCGUUGAAAAAUAUGAAUGAAAUGCAUAGAUUUGUUAGGGAGACCUUUACCAGCCAAAGGAAAGAGUUGGAUGUCAAUGACCAGAGGAACCUAUGGUUUUCGGCUGACAGUUCAGAGAAUCCAAAUCAUGAGUUAUUUUUCACUAAUGAAAACCUGACAGCGCUUGUAACUGACCUCUUUGCUGCUGGGAUGGAGACCACAUCGACCACCCUUCGCUGGGGAAUUCUACUGAUGGUUACUUACCCAGACAUCCAAAGAAAAGUUCAGAAUGAGAUUGAAAAAGUGAUUGGAUCAUCAGCACCACAUACGGGUCACCGGAAGAACAUGCCGUACACAGACGCUGUUAUUCACGAAAUUCAACGAUUCGGAAACAUUGUUCCGACCAACCUCUCACAUUCUACUACUCAAGAUGUCCACUUCAGGGGUUUCUUUCUUCCAAAAGGGACACAUGUAAUUCCAUUGCUGACCUCCGUGCUGUUCGAUGAGGCCCACUUUAAAAGACCAAAGGAGUUUUAUCCGGAACAUUUUCUGGACGCUAGUGGAAAUUUUGUGAAGAAUGAAGCCUUCAUCCCAUUUUCAGCUGGUAAAAGAAGCUGUGCCGGCGAGACGUUGGCCAAAAUGGAACUGUUUUUGUUCUUUGUGAGCCUUCUACAGAACUUCACCUUCCAGGCUCCUCCAGAGGUUAUGUUGAACCUUAAAUCAGCAGUUGGGCUCACACGGGGUCCUAUGAGUCAUAAAGUUUGUGCUGUGUCCCGUGUAUAA